GACGUCGGUCGUGUCCCCGGCAACACGCCUCUGAUGCUGAUCAUGCGGGGCCCACUAACGGCCGCUUAUGGGUACACGAGCGCCGUUACUAGCAGGGCGAAUUCAUGGCAGAGUGCCGUUACAAGCUUGCUGCUGUGAAAUCAUCACGUUACUAUCUAACAAGGUAAAAAUUUAGAGGACAUGGUGGUCUCUAAAACACAACUAACUAUUACUAAUAUUCUUUUUGCAGUAUAUUUACAAAACAUAGCAAAUGUAUAAUUUGUAAGGUUUCUUCUUAUGGUAAAUCUUCUCAUCAUGUCAUUUAAAAUAUCAAAACUCAAUACACAAAAGUGAUUUUAUAAGCAAAGAAUAAGUGGUUAACUACAUAGUCUGCAUCUAACCUAAAACAAGUUAUCAGUCAGUGGAGGGAGUAAUGGCCAUCGGUAGCUCCUUGUUGAUUUUUUUUAGAAAAUAAAAAAGUUUCCUACUUUUAUAACUGCACGCAACCAAAUUUUACAUCAUCUUCAGCUAGCUCAUGAAUACAAAUCAUAAGAAAAAAUGUACAUAAACAUUGUCCUUCGAUGUUUCAAAUGUUUUUUUUCAACCAGUCGCUUGAAAAUUGUUAAAUUUUAGGCCCUUUAUUCAGUCCAAGAAACUAGUGCGAAGUUGGGUAGGACAGCAUGUGAACCCAAAAAUUUGCUCAUGCUUCAUAUUGACGACGUUAGCGUCGCAUCUGAGAAGCUUCCAUACGAUUGACUAAACCUUGAAUCCUUGAUAAUAAAUAUAACACCCAAUGAGCUUCGUCAAUACUCCCCUCUCUCGAUAACAUGGGAAUAGCAGAGGACAGGACGUAGACGUACUGCGACCGGCGUCCAUGGCAUCAUCAUCAAGCUCACAGCCCAACGCAAUAGGGAGCGCAGGAGACAGAAAUCAAGAGAAGGAGGCGGAGGCUGUGGAGGUGGCGGCGGCGGAGGCGUCGUCAGAGGCCGGCAACGGCAGCCAGCUGGUGAUGCCCGAAGACGGCUACGAGUGGAAGAAGUACGGACAGAAGUUCAUCAAGAACAUCCAGAAAAUCAGGAGCUACUUCCGGUGCCGGCACAGGCAGUGCGGCGCCAAGAAGAAGGUGGAGUGGCACCCGAGAGACACCAGCGGGGCCCUCCGCGUCGUCUACGAGGGCGCGCACCAGCACGGCUCCCCGCCGUCGUCGUCAGCGGCGGCGGCGGCCGCCGCCGCCGCCGCCUCCAACAAGUACGAGCUGGGCGCGCAGUACUUCGGCGGGGCUCGGCCGCAGUGACCCAGGAACCCUCGAUGUACGUGAGCGUUGGGAUGGGGAAGAAAUUCCGGCGGCGGCGGCAUGGAUCUGGUCUGUCCUGCUCCUGCACCCAUCUCUUUCACAGCGGCAGGUGGCCGGCGCUGUCAGCGCCGCCGUGGCCAUCAGGUGGCGGUGCCGGUUGACGCCUUGCGCCGGUGCAAUGUGAUGUUGAGUGGGGAAUAAUUGUUGCUAGUCCGAUCAACUCUGCGGUCUGGUACCUGUAGCUGUAGUGCCGUACUACGCCAGUAUGCACGAAAUAAGCCUGUGUUUAGAUGUUUUGCAAAAAAAAUUUGGGAUGGAAUCUUGUUAAUUUGAAGUACUAAAUAAAGUCUAUUUACAAAACUUUUUACACAGAUGGGUUGUA